UUUAGUUGUCUCUGUACUGCGCAUGCGCGCGCUUCUUCAACAUGGCGGCGCGCAUGAAACUGCAGUGUUUGGAUGAGUUUCCUUCGCACAUACACCCGCUGCACGUCCUCGUCAACAAAUCACAAUUCACUCAGAAGUUUACAGGUCGCGACGGACUCGCACACGCAUUGUGUAUUUCACCGGUGGACCAUCAGUCGUCAUCGAAACGGGGCUUUAUAGUGAGCGCGCACGUCAGCGAGGCUGAAGAGACGAGUGUCAACACUCACUCGUGUUUGACUGUGCACGUGAGCAGAUCUUUCCUCACGCAUUACGAUGUGAAGGAUCAUUCCGAGGGGUGUGCUCGUCCGCAGAGUCUACUGCCGCUGAGCAGGGUCGUGUUAGGCGCUAGGACCCAGCAGAGCUUCAGAUGGGCUUCAUCUGAGCAGUUCAGCGAUGCUUUAUUGUUCCUUUGCAGCACCUGUCAUGAGCAAGCACUACUGGCGAGACAGGGGGAUGUGUUACUUCUGCCAUAUCAUCCGUCAUUGGGUGCCGAAGCAGCACAGUAUCAGUCAGAUGUGCUCGUGCUGGAGUGCACACCUGUCAAUCAGGGCAGGAUCACAGUUGACACGUGUCUGCUGCUGUCAGACUGUACAGAUCUCGGCAGCAUCAGCACCAGCAGACUGUCAGCAGCAUCCUCUCUGUUCGUCUCUGAUUUUGCUCAGUACGUCAACAGUUUGAGCUCCAGCAGCUGCUUGCUAAACUGUAAAACCAUGGCAGGCUCAGACUUCAGUGCAGUCCUGCAGGCUCUCGAGGCUCGACUGGAUGUCCGGGUGCUUGAUGUCUCAAGUCUUUAUAAACCCGGAGGAAUCCUGUCCGGUCUCGAUCAAAGAGAUGCUGUGGAUAUUGACAGCGUUAUUUUUGUAAACAAGAGCUUGUUGUUGAAACUGGGCGUGUUUAAUGGAGAGUGGGUGAUUGCGUCCAUCCCAUCAGAGAAAAUUAAACAAAAGAGACGAGACAAAGUUCAUCUAGUUACAAUCAAGGCAUUUGAAGCAGUUAGACACCAGGAGCUGGAUGUGAAUGUGGGAUUUAUAUCGCCCGUUCAAUGGUUUAACUUGUCUGGUGGGAUGCCAGUACCAGUUGGAAAUAUUACCAUCAAAAUAAAGAGGUGGAAUAAAGCAUCACAUGCAGCAUCACAGGUUUCCGCAAGCGCAUGUCGAUUUGCAGCCCCGCCGUUUGCUAAGGAGCUGCGCAUUGAAGCCGUUAUAUCCCCGGAUUACAACUGUCAUGGACCUUUUGACAGUAUCCUUUAUAAACACUUCAGUAGAGCAAGACUCGUUCAGCGGGGUCAUUUACUGGCAAUCCCAUCACAAGGGCAUCCUGAUCUUAUAGAGAACAGCACUGAAGGAAUUUUCAGGUGGCCUGUGCUGUAUUUCAGAGUAAAGCGUGCGUGCGGUUUUUCUGAAGAUGAGGAUGAGCUUUCUUCAUAUCUGGCUGAUUCUGAUCACACAACACUGUACAUGGAAAGCCCCGCCCACAGUCACUCCCCCUGCUCAGUGUUCCAGAAAGACAGCGUGUCUUACUGGACAAGUCUCUGUCCUCCGGGUCUGUCCGGUACUGUAGAGAAACUGGUGACCAUCAUUCAACCCUACUUCAGUGACAGCUCCGUAACAUUAAAGCGAGGCUGUUCUGUGAUUCUGACGGGUCCGAAUGGCAGCGGUAAAUCAACAGCACUUAGAGCGGCUACCAGGAGGUUACAUCUACAUCUGAUCCAGGUGGACACUGUCACUGUCUGCGGAGACACUGCAGCUGCGUGUGAGGUUAAGAUGAAGUCCGUCUUUGAGAGGGCGGAGCUCCAUCAUCCAUGCGUUCUGUUGCUAAGGAACCUUCAGUUGCUCGGUCAGCCGCGGGACGGCACUGAGGUAGACUGUAGGGUCGUCUCUACGCUCUGUCAGCUCAUAGCAGCUCUUCCUGUCAGUGUGGUUGUGGUGGGCUCAGUCAGCAGCAGACGAGAGCUCUCUUCAGAUGUAAUGACAGCAUUUGUACAUCAGGUGGCAGUAGAGAGUCCCACAGAAGAACAGAGGAGAACGAUGCUGUCCAGUCUCAGCGAAGACAUGCCAUUGGGGAAAGACGUAAAUCUCGGCAAGAUAGCCAAACAGACAGCUGGCUUUGUUUUAGGGGAUAUCUGCGCGCUUCUUACCAGCGCAGGUAAAGCCGCUCACAGAAGACUUUUGAAGACAUUCUUUCCAGAUGGGGCGAACGAACAGGAAGAAGAAGAUCUGUGUGUAUCAGGUGUGAGCGUUCUGUCUGAAGACUUCAGCACGGCACUGGACGCCCUACAGGAAGCUCAUUCACAGGCCAUAGGAGCUCCAAAAAUCCCAUCCGUCAGAUGGCAGGAUAUUGGUGGACUGCAGCAGGUUAAGAAAGAGAUUCUGGACACUAUUCAGCUUCCUCUGGAUCAUCCAGAACUGCUGUCACUAGGUCUGAGACGAUCGGGUCUGCUGCUGUAUGGCCCGCCUGGCACUGGAAAAACACUGCUGGCUAAAGCCGUAGCCACCGAAUGCUCCAUGACCUUCCUCAGUGUAAAAGGACCUGAACUCAUAAACAUGUAUGUCGGUCAAAGCGAAGAAAACAUUCGAGAGGUGUUUAGUAAGGCCAAAUGUGCGGCUCCUUGUAUUGUGUUCUUUGAUGAGUUGGACUCAUUGGCUCCUAACAGAGGUCACAGUGGAGACUCUGGAGGAGUCAUGGACCGGGUUGUGUCACAGCUAUUAGCAGAACUCGAUGGUCUUCAUUCAUCUGGAGAUGUAUUUGUGAUUGGAGCGACCAAUCGUCCAGACCUACUGGACCAAUCACUGCUCAGGCCUGGCAGAUUUGACAAAUUAGUGUAUGUUGGAAUUAACAAAGACAAGGAGUCACAACUUCAGGUUCUCAAAGCAAUCUUACGCAAGUUUAAAGUGGAUUCAAGUGUGUCUCUAUCUGAGGUGGUGGACUGUUGUCCAUCUCAUCUGACUGGUGCAGAUCUUUAUGCUCUCUGCUCAGACGCCAUGAUGUGUGCCAUCAAGAGAAAGAUCUGUCGUAUCACCGAAGGUGUUGAUUUAGAGACUUCUGCAUUGACGUUGUGUCCUCAAGACUUCAGUCAGGCUCUCGAAGGUCUUCAAUCGUCCGUCUCUGAGCAGGAACUCAAUAGAUAUAAAAUCAUUCAACAGAAAUUCAGUGUUAAAUAACACAAGAACCAGCAGAUGGGCUCAGGCUCUGUUGUUUUGUGUUGGCUAAAGAAACCAUUCAUCAUUUUAUUGAUUUCUGAACAGAAAGACAAAAACAGUCAAAUGUGUAUUGAUCUUAAAUCUUUUCUUUCCUGUCCCACAGGAUCUUCAGUAAUUGGUAUUUAAUGCUUGAAUGAAACUCAGUCAUGUUGAAUAAUGGCAGAAUAAAACGUUCAUUGACUUACAGAAUCAGUUUAUUGAUUCUGUAAGUCUAUGAACUAUUACUCUU